CCAAAAUUAUCCAAAGUUGUCGUCGGAACAGAGACUUGGAAUUAUCCAUCUCGCAGCGGAGUGCUUCUUUCUUCUCAGUGGUUAGAGAGAGAAAGAGAGAGGCAGUUUUAGUGAGAGAAACAGAAGCUUUACUUUUAUUUAUUUUGCUCUGCCCUCUGCACUCUCCCCUUUUAUGUGUUUUAGAUUAGAUGCUUGUUCAUCUAUGGAAAUAAGAAUCAAGUUCCAGACUCCAACUUAGAUAACGACCUCCAUGGAUUUUUCUUAUUGCUUUCUUUUCUCCUCUAUAAACUUUCCUUCCAAUUUUUGGCGUCAACUGUAAGUUAUUUUGUUUCUUUAUUUUUCCUAGGGUUUCUUUGCUUAGGUUAGCCGGAUGAGGAGGCUUUCAAAUUAAGCAAACCUAUCUCCACUCUUUCAAACUACUGAUUCCCCCCCAAAGGGUAAAACCAAAAGUUUUGUUCCAAAUCCAUCGUUGGGGAGCUUAGCUUCUUUGUUAUAAACACUGUUUUUCUUUUCGUUUAUGGAAAGGAGGUUGUAGCAGUUUUUUGCUGCUGUCAAUGGGUUCAUAUACGUAACGGUCUACCGAUGGUUACAACACUUGAGAUUUAGUUUCGUGUUUUCAUGAUGUUCUACUGAUUGCAAACCAGGAAAUGUGAAUUACUCGCAAUGACGGACUCGUAUCAUUGAAGUAAUGUUAUCUUUGGGUUUACUCUGUAGACAACGUAUCAGUAUGAGGAAUUCGGGCUUAAUUUGAGGUUGCAGUAUGAGUUGUAACGAGAAGAAUAGAGGUGUUGAUGAUAGGGAAACUGAGCAGCCAGUUUUGAGGAACUCUGUCGAGGCUCAACGGAAACCACCCAUCCAGAAUGGAUCCAUAACGGCCCAACAGUUGACGAUUGAUGACAAUCUUCUUGUUGACCCAAAAUUGCUAUUUAUUGGAUCGAAGAUUGGCGAGGGUGCUCACGGCAAAGUUUAUGAAGGCAGGUACCGGAACCAAAUUGUGGCCAUUAAAGUUCUCCAUCGAGGUAGUACUCCAGAAGAAAGAGCAGCACUUGAAAAUCGUUUUGCCCGUGAAGUAAAUAUGAUGUCCCGAGUAAAACAUGAAAAUCUUGUCAAGUUUAUUGGAGCUUGUAAAGAACCUCUAAUGGUGAUAGUCACAGAGCUAUUACCAGGAAUGUCACUCAGGAAGUAUCUGAUGAAUAAUCGUAAGCAACAGCUGGACCCUCGGAUGGCCAUUAACUUUGCUUUGGAUGUUGCUCGUGCUAUGGAUUGUCUACAUGCAAAUGGGAUUAUACAUAGAGAUCUGAAACCUGAUAACUUGUUGCUUACUGCAAAUCAAAGGUCUGUGAAGCUUGCAGACUUUGGACUUGCUAGAGAAGAAUCUGUGACUGAGAUGAUGACUGCAGAAACUGGGACUUACCGCUGGAUGGCUCCUGAGUUGUAUAGCACUGUGACAUUACGCCAGGGAGAGAAAAAGCAUUACAACAACAAAGUCGACGUAUACAGCUUUGGAAUUGUCUUAUGGGAGCUCUUGACCAACCGAAUGCCGUUUGAAGGGAUGUCCAAUUUGCAAGCUGCAUAUGCUGCUGCUUUCAAGCAAGAGAGACCUAAUAUUCCAGGCGACAUACCUCCCGAUUUAGCAUUUAUAGUUCAGUCGUGUUGGGUUGAAGAUCCUAACAUGAGGCCCAGCUUCAGCCAGAUCAUCCGCAUGCUUAAUGCUUAUCUAUUUACACUUCCACCUCCUUCACAAUCUUCACCAUCUUCACCAAAAUCUGACACAACAGAGACAGCAACAACUAGCAAUGGUGCUAUUACCGAGUUCUCUGCUCGUGCAAGAGGAAAGUUUGGAUUCCUUCGCCAACUGUUUGCUGCCAAGAGGGCCAAGAACUCGCAAUAAGGGGUAUAAUUUUUUAAUAGCUUGUUCUCUUUUCCACAUGGAGAAAAAGACAUGCCUGUGUAGUGUAUAAAUAUAUAUUUUGACCUACCCGGAUGAAGAGGGUGAUAAGAAAUAGGAAAGGCUAUGGAAAAGAGAGGAUGUCAACGGGGGAACCUGUUGACCAAAUAAUAAACGAGAAAGAGAACUUCCAGAAUUGUUUAGUUGAUUUGGGUUGUAAAGGCGGGUACAUAGACUUUGUGACUUUUUACUCUCAUAUUAACAUUUACUCAGGAAGGAAAAAAAGAAGACUUUUCUUUAGAAA